ACUAGCAGACGACAAAGCCAUGGUCUCAGUGCCCUGAUCUCGCAGAAGCUCAUGGGGAGGUGCAGAUUGGCAGUUCUGCUCCUGCCUCUCUUCCUGCCGCACAUCAGCCUCUCCGUGUCUGCGGAGAUUGGCUGCCCCAACCUGCCACGCUGGAUCUCCCGACGUCUGCUGGCCUUUCACGUGGAUAAAAGUUUCACUGGAAGUUCUACUCAAAUCCCCUACCAUACUCUUCUCUCCACAAAGCCUUGGCAUGCUCAGGUCUGGCAUUGGUCAUACUGUUUGUGCCUGCGUCUGGUGUCACAUCCUUCAGGCCUUCAGUGGGGCUGGUUCCACUUCUUGAUGCAGAAAUUCAAAAAUUCUUGUAAGUUCAAGUUCUAUUGGAGACACAGGAUGCCAGCAUCCCCUCAGAGGAACCUGCUAGGUAGCUCUUCUUUGUCUCAGGAGAGCCAUCACAUUUCCAUCCCCUCUCCAGCUAUCUCCCACAAGGGACUGCGCUCUAAAAGGACCCAACCUUCAGCCCCACACCAAGAGUAUCUCCUCAGAGCAGGUUUGCAAAGGCUUGGAGGACCUGAGUUCUCCUUUAAUUUGCUGCCUGAAGCACGGGCUAUUCAGGUGACUGUUCCUCCAGGCUCAGAGGCUAGUGUGCGUCUUUGUUACCAGUGGGCAUUGGAAUGCGAAGAGAUGAACAAUCCCUUUGAUGCCCAGAAAAUUGUGUCUGGGGGCCACACUGCAGACCUGCCUUAUGAAUUCCUUCUGCCCUGCCUGUGCAUAGAGGCAUCCUACUUGCAAGAGGACACUGUGAGGCGCAAAAAAUGUCCCUUCCAGAACUGGCCAGAAGCCUAUGGCUCAGACUUCUGGAAGUCAGCACACUUCACUGACUACAGCCAGCACAGUCAGAUGAUCAUGGCUCUCACACUCCGCUGCCCACUAAAGCUGGAGGCCUCCCUCUGCCAGAGGCGGGAUCCAUUGGGCUCCUGUGAAGACCUCCCCAAUGCCACAGCUCAAGAAUCAGAAGGAUGGUAUGUUUUGGAGAAGGUGGACUUGCACCCCCAGCUCUGCUUUAAGUUUUCUUUUGAAAACAACAGCCAUGUUGAAUGUCCCCACCAGAGUGAGUCUUUCAUAUCCUGGAAUGUGAGCAUGGAAACUGAGGCUGAGCAGCUGAUCCUUCACUUUUCUUCGAGGAUGUACGCUACCUUCAGUGCUGCCUGGAGCCACCCAGACUUGGGGCCAGACACCUUGAUGCCUCCUGUGUACAGUGUCAGCCAGACUCAGGGCUUAGUCCCAGUGACACUAGACCUCAUCAUCCCUUUCCCGAGGCCAGGAGGCUGUAUCCUGGCCAGGGAUUGUACCAGACACAAAACUGGAGCUGGAGGAAUUCCCAAGCCAGGGGGAUUUCUUUCUCCACUCCUGGGCCUCAUUCACUCCUUGGGAGGAGGGGAUGCCCUGGCUCACAUGGGCAGGGACUCUUGUCCUCAGGUGUGGAGGUCAGACGUCCAGUUUGCCUGGAAGCACCUCUUGUGUCCUGAUGUCUCCCAUAGACACCUGGGGCUCCUGACCCUGGCACUGCUGUGCCUCACCACUCUACUGGGUGUUGUUCUGGUUCUCACCUGCCGGCGCCUACUGUCAGGUCCCGGCCGAGUGCGGCCGGUUUUACUUCUGCACACAGCGGACUCAGAGGCGCAGCGGCGCCUGGUGGGAGCCUUGGCGGAACUGCUGCGGACGGCGCUGGGCGGCAGGCGGGACGUGAUCGUGGACCUGUGGGAGGGGACUCAUGUGGCACGCGUGGGACCACUGCCGUGGCUCUGGGCCGCGCGAGAGCGCGUGGCGCGGGAACGGGGCACCAUGCUGCUGCUGUGGAGCAGCGCGGACCGCAGCGCCUCGCGUGGCCACGACCCCCACGUAGCGCCCCUGCGCGCCCUGCUCUGCGCUGGCCCACGCCCGCUGCUAUUGCUGGUCUACUUCGGCCGCCUCUGCGCCAAAGGCGACAUCCCCCGGCCGCUGCGCGCCCUGCCACGCUACCGUCUGCUUCGUGACCUGCCGCGCUUGCUACGGGCCCUGGGUGCCACCAGCUGGAGCUGCCUUGGGGCUAAGCAGUCCUUGCAAGAUCGUCUGGAGUUGUGUCACCAGCUUGAGCUGGAGGCAGCCAAACUUGUCUAUCCCUGCUCCGCGGAUCCUCACUGCGGUUCUGAUGCUCUGCAGGAUUAAUGGCUGGGACCCCAGAAUAGGCCUCUAACUUGGACUCUUUGGAAGAGAGCUUCCUGGACAAAAAACCCUGUAAGGCCCUGCCCAGGCCCCACACGUGCCCCUCACACUUGCUCCCUCUCAGAAUCCCUAGGGGAGAGUGGGGCUUUCCUAUUAGCUCCUCAACCCGUUCUGAGCCUUUCAGUUCUCUUCAGGACGCCUGGAAGAUAGCUUCUAUGCAGAUGAUCUGGUCCUGGCUCAAGAGCUGAGCCAGGAUUGGGAAGCAGGAUCUGUCAAGGGUUCUGCUCAAGGUAGUGUGGAGAAAAACCAUCUUGGGAGCCGAGAGAGGAGGGGGGGGAGGAAGAGAGGAGAGAGAGAAAGAGAGAGAGAGAGAGAGAGAGAGAGAGAGAGAGAGAGAGAGAGAGAGAGAGAGAGAGAGGAGGGAGAGAGGAAACUUUUUGAUCAAGGAAAAGAUUCAGCCCUAAGUGGCCAGGACAGAGGUAAGGCAGGAAACCAAGCUCCAGAAAGAUAAAUAAAAGUGAAU